CAGUAUUAAUUUCAGUAUUAGAUGACCAUGGCCACAAAAUUGCUACGUAACUUAUCGCUGAUAAGCCGCGUCAAUCACACCAAAACAAUACACAACACCAUGAGUCGGCACCUUUCGGCCCUCCAGUCCGACACGGUUUUCUCAAUCCAAGAACUCACUCAAAAACUCACCAAGGAGAUGGGUUUCGGGGGCGGCUACUCCCCCAUGCCUUCCAGCCGCGCGCACCUCGUCCAGUACCUCCCCAAGAGCCAGAACGAUCUGCCCUCCCGUUCUAUGCGCGACAGCUACCUGGUGGCCCUCAUCCCCCUGUCCACCAACACGCGCCUCCAGGACAAGUACACUACCUUCUUAGGGUCCGUUCGCGUGGGCCGUUUGCUCGAAGACAUGGAUAUCUUCGCCGUCAUGGUCGCCCAGAAGCACAUCCUCAACCCCGACCUCCCGUCGGGUAUCCCGUCGCCGCAGACUUUGGUCACGGCGUGCGUGGACAGGAUCGACUUCAGCGACUUCGUGCCCAAACCCCACGAGGACAUCAAAAUGUCGGGACAUGUGAGCUGGGUGGGUCGUAGCUCCAUGGAAGUGGUGGUGUGGCUGGAGCAGAGUCGCUACGGCACGUGGCACCGCAUCACCAGGGCGCUGUUUCUCAUCGCCGCGAGGGACCCCACGAACGCGAGGGCGGCGGUGGUGAACCCCAUCGAGCCGGCGGAUGAGCGCGAGAAGAAGAUUCUAGCUGGAGGAGAGAAGAGGAAGGCGCUUCGAAUCGCGUCGGAGAAGCAGCACGUGUCCAAGGUGAUUCCCGACGGAGACGAGCAGAAGAUCAUUCAUGACUUGUAUAUGAAGACUAAAGCGAGCGAUGUAAGUUUGAAGAGUGUGAUGCUUCCUCCGGGGGGAGUGUGGAUGGAGGAUUGCGUUAUUUCGAACACGAUUUUCUCGCAACCGGAGAACAGGAAUCUGCACAAUACCGUGUUUGGAGGGUUCAUUAUGAGACAGGCUGCUGAGUUGAGUUGGGUUUUGGGGUUCAAGUUCAGCAAGUACCGGCCGAAAGUGAAGAGUAUAAGCGAUAUUAAGUUUAAUAAGCCGAUUGCGGUGAAUUCUUUGAUUCACAUGCACGCGUUCGUGGUGUUCACGCAUAUGCAGUACGUGCAGAUUACGGUAUACGUGGAGACUUUUGAUCCUCAGACGGGGGCCAGCGAAACCACUAACAUAGUGCACUUUACGUACGAAGUGCCGGAGCUCGUGAAGGAGGUAUACCCGCGGACGUACCAGGAGGCCAUGAUGUAUAUCGACGGGAGAAGACACUUUUUCGAAAUCAUGAAACCGGGGUCCUACGACGAAGGGAAUAUGCUGGAGGAGGAGGGAGGUGUUACCAAGAGUAAGCUUUAAGGGGUCGGGGUAAUUGUACGGGUGUUUUUUAUUGUGAUAUGUUUUUUAUGUAAUGUCGUUGAGUUAACGCAAGUUUGAUUCUUAUAUUUAUUGAUUUUUUAACAAAUAAAUGUGCUACAUCUUAA